GGAGGAAAUGGAAACGCUUGAGGAGCAGGGCGCAUGCGCGCCCUCUCCGAUUCAUGCCGCAGACUAAGCUUUGCCCGCGCCUCCCCUUUGUCUCCCCCCCCUCCGUUGCGCAUGCGCUGCACAGAGCGGGCGCGAAACAGACGUCUGCGCGCUGCGGAGGCGGGAAUCUAAGGCGGGAGUGCCGGCGCAUGCGCACGAGGCCUGUGAACUGAGGGCGGUUCCCGGGCGGGACGCGCGUGCGCAGUGACUUGAGCCGCGGGCGCCACCGCGCCUGCGCUGUAGGGACGCUGGCGACAUGGAGGCGGAAGCGCCGGCCAAGCCGGUGUGGGCGCGUCACUGUUUCCCAAAAUGGCGGCGCUGCAGGGGCUGCUGGUCCCGCACCUGCUGCCUGAGCGCUGCUACGACGAGCUGUUCCUGCGCUUCAACCUGCUGCACGUUCCCUGCCUGAAGAUCCUGAUCAGCAAAGGGCUGGGACUCGCCAUCGUCGCGGGGUCGCUGAUGGUGAAGCUACCCCAGGUGUUUAAGAUCCUGGGGGCGAGAAGCGCCGUGGGGCUCAGUCUCCAGGCCAUCCUGCUGGAGCUGCUGGCCAUCACGGGCACCAUGGUCUACAGCCUGGCCAACGGCUUUCCCUUCAGCGCUUGGGGCGAGGCGCUCUUCCUCAUGCUGCAAACCGUCGCCAUCGGCUUCCUGGCCCUGCACUUCGGGGGACGCACGGCACAGGGUGUCUCCUUCCUGGUGCUGUAUUUCACUCUGCUCUGCCUGCUGCUCUCCCCCCUGACCCCCCAACCCGUGGUCACCCUCCUGCAAGCCGCCAACAUGCCCGCCAUAGUCAUCAGCAGGCUACUCCAAGCAGCCACCAACUACCGCAACGGGCACACGGGGCAGCUGUCGGCCGUCACCGUCUUCCUGCUCCUGGCCGGCUCGCUGGCCCGGAUCUUCACCUCCGUCCAGGAGACGGGCGACCCCCUGCUGGCUGUGACCUACGUGGUCUCCUCCGUCUGCAACGGCGUCAUCGCAGCCCAGCUUCUCUAUUACUGGCACGUGCCGGCCGGGGCGGGGGCCAGGAAGAAGCUGGAGUAGAGGGGACCCCCCCGCCCCCAGGCUCUGACUGCGGCCAGCCCCCCCCCCCCCGUGCUGCCGUCUGAGCUGUAUCGGCCCCCGUCUGGCUCCACCGGCGCCCCCUGGAGGGGAACCCACUCAGCCCCGGUCUGCCCCCCCUCCCCAGCUGGGCUCCGACGGGGGCGGGAAGCCUGUACCCCCCCCAUCCAGUGAGGUAAUUAAACGCUGACUUGCCAGGAG